AUGAGCGCUGCGAGGCUUUUCCUCAAUUCGAGCUACCUGCACUACUCCGCCUUGGCCGCAGUCGCUUGCGCCGCGGUUCACAGCUCAACGCGCAGGUCCAAUCCGAUCAAGCUCGACAGCCCUCCAGGCGCCCAUGUCCCUCAAGAUGCCUCUCUCAUAGCCUACGCUCGCCGUGUGCAAAGCCACUAUGCGCAAGCUGACAACCCCAAACGGGCCACCAAAAGAGGGGACUCAACCAUCAUUGACAGAACAAACGACCCUGAUCACUAUGCCCCCGCCUUUGAAAGCGAUGACGAAAAUGCUUGGGCCUCCUUCUCGAGGAACUUCCACAAUGUCAAAGAAGGUAUUGCAAGGAUAGACUGGAGCACCGUCGGCGACAAGAUCACAGACCGGGUUGUGCCAAACUGGGCCAAGGCCCUCCCUGACGGAUUUCAAAAGCUUCAAUUCGAACUCUCGAUGCAGCCAGGAACGCUGGCAGAUCAGAUCUGGCAGGAGGCGCAUGACCCUAGCAUCAAUCCGGAAAUCGAGUGGAAUGCUACCGUUCGUGUUGGAGACACUCUUGGCAAGGAUGAAUUGGAGUUUCGGCGCAAAAGGAGGCAGCACGUAGUAAAGGCAUUGGCAAAAUAUCUCGGUCUCGACGAGAGCGAAAUCCACCCCGAUGACGUGCCGACUAUUGCGAUCUGUGGGAGUGGUGGUGGCCUGCGGGCGAUGGUGGCCGGCACAAGCAGCUACCUGUCCGCUCAAGAGGCCGGUCUGUUUGAUUGUGUCACAUACACCGCCGGAGUCAGCGGCAGCUGCUGGCUGCAGACACUAUUCUAUUCCUCCCUGGGUAAGCAAGACCACAGGCAACUCCUGAAGCACAUAAAGUCGCGAAUUGGGACCCAUAUUGCUUUUCCGCCGCCAGCAUUGAAGCUCGUCACGAGUGCUCCGACCAACAAGUUCAUCCUCAGUGGCUUCGUCGAGAAGCUAAAAGGUGAUCCUGGUGCUUCUUUUGGUCUCGUGGAUGUCUACAGUCUCUUGCUCGCCGCGAGGCUUCUGGUACCACAUGGCGAUCUCGACGUUAAUGAUCAAGAUCUGAAAUUGUCAAAUCAACGAAUAUACAUUGAGAAUGGCGAAUUCCCUAUGCCCAUAUACACUGCCGUCCGACAUGAAAUACCUGUGGACGUGGAGGAGGAGAAGGAAUCCGGAGACAACCUGGCUCUCAAGCAAAAGAUCAAGGAGAAAGCCAAGAAGGAGGCAUGGUUUCAAUGGAUAGAGAUGCACCCAUGGGAGGUGUGGUGUGAAGAGUUUGGCGCUGGCAUACCAACUUGGAGCUUAGGUCGGCCUUUCAAAUAUGGGCGAAAUCUAUUGCUCGACACCGGUGCCGCCCUGCCAGAAAUCCGGCAAAGUCUUCUUCUUGGGAUUUGGGGGUCGGCCUUUUGCGCUACAUUGGCGCACUACUACAAAGAGAUCAAGCCCGCUUUGAUCGGGAUGGUGGGGUUCGAGGGGGUGAAUCUCCUGGUUGAAGAGAAGAACGAAGACCUCAUCAAGAUUCACCCCAUCGAUCCGGCUACUAUUCCGAAUUUCGUGUACGGCAUGGAAGGCCAACUCCCCCCGACUUGUCCAGACUCUGUCUUCAAAAGUGAUCACCUCCAGCUGAUGGACGCUGGAAUGAGCAAUAAUCUGCCCAUCUACCCUCUCUUACGGCCUGGCCGGGACGUCGAUGUCUUGAUAGCGUUCGAUGCAUCCGCAGAUAUCCAGAAGGAAAAUUGGCUUUCCGUGGUCGACGGGUACGCCAAACAGCGAGGCAUCAAAGGAUGGCCCGUCGGUGCAGGAUGGCCGAAGAAAUUGCCGAACCCUCAGGAGAAUGCCAAAGCACUUGAAGAAGCACAAGCAACCUCCUCGCAAGAAGCAGCCACGAAACUCGCCGAAGCGAGGGAGCGAGAUCGCGAGAAUAAAGUUGUGAACAAGGACAACGCUCCGGAGAGCCCUACGACAGGUUCUGAUCCAGACGCGGCGAGCACACUGGGCGCCUGCACCGUCUGGGUAGGCAGCACAGCCGAAAGAUCCAGCGACGAAGAACCCCCGCCCUCAAAAAGCCUCAAUUGGGACGCCGGUGACAGUGAAGACUCCGCUUCUUUUCACCUGAUGCAGCCGAAUGCCGGCAUUGCCGUAAUCUACUUCCCUCUCCUUCCGCAUCCCGAUGUCCCAAACGUCGAUCCCGAUAAAUCGGACUUCAUGAGUACAUGGAAUUUCAUAUAUACGCCCGAUCAGGUUGAUAGUGUGGUAGAGCUCGCGAGGAGGAAUUUUAGGGAAGGCGAGGAAAGGGUGAGGAGCACUGUGAGGGCCGUUUAUGAGAGGAAGAAGAAGGUGAGGAUGGAGAAAGAAGGGAAGAAGACGAGCAGGGAAUGGAAAGGGCGAAUGAAAAGAAUAGGGAACAGUUUUGUAUGA